AUGACGAAACUCACAAAAGCCUAUUGCAGUGUUUACUUUAUUUAUGACAGCGGCAGUCCGUUAUUUUACUCGAAAAAUAUAAGCGAUAAAUUUCAAAAUAUUUACUUGUUUUUUUUUUUUUGCAAUAAACAAACAAUGAAAAUCGGAUUUUUUGGUGGUGGAAAAAUGGCCCACGCUUUGGCGAAAGGAUUUAUCAAAGCCGGUCUAAAGGGAGACUCUAUGGUAGCCAGCUGCUUACCAAACGAUUUAAAAAGCAAGCAUGCAUUUGAGACUAUCGGAUCUAAAGUUGUUUUUUUAAACAAACUAGUUGCAGAUCAUGGAGAUGUUUUAAUUAUUUCUGUUAAACCACAAGUUGUUAGUAAAAUACUUCCGGAAAUUAAAAAUUCUGAUAAAUUGAUUCUUUCUAUUGCUGCUGGGACUUCUAUUGAUGAUUUAGAAAAAAAUUUACCAAAAGGAACACCAGUAAUAAGAUUGAUGCCCAAUAUCCCGGUAUCAAUUGGCUAUGGCGCGACAGUAUUCAAAAGAGGAACAUUUGCUGAUCAAGAACAUGCAGUUUUAGUUAAAAAAUUAUUUACCUCUAUGGGAAUUUGCGAAGAAAUUGACGAAGAUGAAAGUCUGCUGGACACAGUGACAGCUCUCGCAGGAUCAGGACCGGCUUAUGUUUACAUGAUGAUCGAAUCACUAGCAGACGGUGCUGUUAAAAUGGGAAUGUCCCGACAAUUGGCUUACAAAUUAGCAACUCAGACAGUCCUAGGAGCCGGAGCGAUGGUAAAUCAUCACCAGAGUAUUGGAGAUGGCUGUCAUCCAGCUCAACUAAAAGACGAUGUUGCUUCUCCAGCCGGUUCCACGAUAAUGGCGAUUCAUCACUUGGAAAAAUACGGUAUGCGGUCAGCUGUCAUCGGAGCUAUCGAAGUUGCGACUUUAGCCUGCAGGACAUUCUCCAAAAAACAAUAA